AUGUUACGAAUUAAAGUUCAUAUAGUUUUAAGUGCGAUCGGAGCAGUGCUUGGACUGUCUGCAUUUAUAUGUUUCUGCAUUGUUUACGCAAACGUUGAAGCCGGAAUGUGGGCUCUUUUAUCCGGUAUUCAUGCUUCCCUAGCAUUGAUGCUCCACUGCCACUAUUUCAAGGAGUCAUUGCAUGUCAACUUUUCUAGAAAAGCCCUGCAAUACAUUGGGGAUUUUGGCAUAAUUGGAUUUGUAUCUGGAACUGCUUUGACAUUAUUCUACCUGUUCCUGGAGAUCUAUUACAAAGCUGAUGUGAUGCCGAUAAGAACGAGCAUAAUCAUUCGCCUGGUGUGGUCAUUUAUGAUGAUGAAGUGGGGCCUGAUGCUAUAUCUCUACACCAAGAAGUACCUCAGGACGUAUAAUGACCACCAGCUGUUUUCCGAAAACCCGAACAUUGAAGAAACUGAAAACCUCUUACAACGGGGCGCGGUCGCAGCCGAUCAAGAAGAUGGCGAAACAACAGGGACGGAAUGA